UACAACGAGUGCAUGGCCCAGAUGUUCUUCCUCAUGACCUUUGCAGGAACUGAAUGCGCACUGCUGGCUGUGAUGGCCUAUGAUCGCUAUGCGGCGAUCUGUGAACCUUUGCGCUAUACGCAACUCAUGAGUAAGUGGGUGCGAGUCCCUCUGGCUACAGCUUCGUGGGUCUGGGGCGUGAUUGACUCUGCCAUUCACACUGCCCUGGUCACCGAUUUGGCCUUCUGUGGAGACGUCAAGAUCCAUCACAUCUUCUGCGACGUUCCUCCAAUCUUGAAAAUUGCUUGCAGUGACACCUAUAUCAACGAGAUGGCUCUUCACACAGCAAGUAUCUUUGUAGGGCUGUGUCCUUUCCUCCUUGUUGUCAUUUCAUACGUCUUCAUCUUAUCUUCCAUUCUGGAAAUCCGCUCUAACAGUGGAAGGAGAAAGACCUUCUCCACCUGUGCUGCUCACCUGGUUACUGUCAUUAUUUUCUAUGGGAUGAUCAACUUGAAUUACAACCGUCCCAGUGCAGGCUACUCUUUGGAGGUGGACACCUUGGUUUCCACCCUCUAUUGCAUCAUCACCCCCAUGCUGAACCCCCUAAUCUACAGCCUCCGAAACAAGGAGGUCAAAGGGGCCCUACAAAAAAUUCUGGGCACUCAGGAGAAGGAAGAUGCACCACCUGGAAAGCAAUGA